AUGGCUGCCCCUCAAGGUUACCCUCUUCUGUGCUUGGAGAACCCUCUCCUCGAUAUCCAGGCUCGUGCUGACGAUGCCCUCCUCGAGAAGUAUGGCCUGAAGGCCAAUGAUGCUAUCCUCGCUGAGGAGCAGCACAUGGGUCUCUACGAUGACCUCAUGAAGCUUGAUGCUAAACUUAUCCCCGGUGGUGCUGCUCAGAACACUGCCCGGGGUGCUCAGUACCUGCUGCCCGAUAACUCUGUCCUCUACAUCGGUUGUGUUGGUAAGGACAACUACGGUGAGAUCCUCAAGAAGACCUGCGAGGAGGCCGGUGUCCACACUGAGUACCGUGUGGACGAGACCCAGCCCACUGGCAAGUGCGGUGCUGUCAUCACUGGCCACAACCGCAGCCUGUGCACCCACCUCGCUGCUGCCAACGAGUACAAGCUCGAGCACCUGAAGCAGGCCCACAUCUGGGACCUCGUCGAGAAGGCCCAGUUCUACUUUGAGGCCGCUGCCAAGAACAAGCCCUUCAUGCUCUCUCUGUCCGCUCCUUUCAUCGCCCAGUUCUUCAAGGACCAGUUGGACAGUGUUCUCCCCUACACUGACUACACUGUCUGUAACGAGACUGAGGCUGUUGCCUACUCUGAGAGUCACCAGUGGGGUACCGAGAAUGUGGUUGAGAUCGCCAAGAAGCUCGCCCUCCUGCCCAAGAAGAACAACAAGCGUGCUCGUGUCUCCAUCGUCACUCAGGGCACUGAAGCUACCAUUGUUGCCGUCGCUUCCCUCAGCGGCGAGGUUGAGAUCAAGACCUUCAACGUCCACGAGCUCCCCAAGGAGGCCAUCAACGACACCAACGGUGCCGGUGAUGCCUUCGCUGGUGGUUUCCUCGCCGGUCUUGUCGGUGGCAAGUCCCUGGAGGACUCCGUCGACAUGGGCCAGUGGCUCGCCGCCAAGAGCAUCCAGGAGCUUGGACCUUCCUUCCCCUACCCCAAGCAGACCUACUCCCGGUCAUAA